CACUUGCGAAAUAGUUCGUACACCUUUCCGCGAAAUACUCCGAAAUAAAGGCGAAAUAGAGGCGAAAUAGAGCGAAAUAAAGACGAAAUAGGCGCGAAAUAGUCGGUGAAAUAGUCGCGAAAUACCCCUGCAAUACUGCGAAAUAGCGCGAAAUAGCCUGAAAUAAUCCGAAAUAGGCGGGAAAUAGCCGAAAUGGCAUAAGAAAUAACCGAAAUGGUAGGAGAAAUACCACGAAAUAGUCCGUACGCUACGAACCCUAGUGAUUUCCCCCUCGCCGGGGAGCUCGUUCACGGCGACGAACUGGUGCACGACGUGAACGCCGUGCCCACAGUUGGAGAGAACCAAGCGCCGAGGAAGGGCCGGCGGCACUCGCAUGUCCCGCUCUUGAGUGCGCCUGCAGGGGAGCUUCGAACGUCCAUGGCGGUGCACAUCACCCACAUGCAGCAACAUGCAGCACUACCUCAUGGGCACCCUGAUAGGAGCGCCGACGCCGAACUCAAAUUCCGCAUGCAGCAGUCGUACACGGCACGACACAACUGGAUGUGGGAGGACCCAAGGCCCACCUGGCAGCAGGUACUCGAAGAGUACCCACUUCUCAAGGAGCCUUGGCAUCUUAAGCACGAAUUCGAGAGGACCAGGCCGGGAAUGUGGCAGGGAGGGGCCGUGGAGUACAUGAAGAACGGCAAGGCGGAGCGAGUAGUGGAAGUCAUCCUGGCCGCGAAUGUCAGCGACGCAACCUGCAAGGCGCAGGUUACCGCAGUGAGGCAAGCGGCGGAGGGCGAGGGGGAAAUCACUAGCAUUCGUUGCGUACGGACUAUUUCGUUGUAUUUCUCCUACAAUUUCGGUUAUUUCUCCUGCCAUUUCGGCCAUUUCCCGCCUAUUUCGGGUUAUUUGAGGAUAUUUCGCGCUAUUUCGGAGCAUUUCAGGGGUAUUUCGCGACUAUUUCACAGACUAUUUCGCGUCUAUUUCGUGUUUAUUUCGCUCUAUUUCGCCUCUAUUUCGCCUUUAUUUCGCACUAUUUCGGGGAGAGGUGUACGAACUAUUUCGCAAGUGAUUUCCCCCUCGGCGGAGGGCAGGGAGGAGGAACGCGACUUGUGGGCGGCAGUGGCGUGCUUGCCGUACCUCGCAAAGGAGGACUCAAAGGCGUGGCUCGUAGCUAAUGCGCCGCUCCCACGUGGACAGCCGUGCGUCGUCAUGACGCUGCAGCCGGGAGUCGGCGGCAGCCACGUCGGGGCAACAUUCAAGCCAUACAUGGACGGUAUCGUGAUAUGCGAUGAAGCAAACAUGUCAAUGGUGGAGUGUUUCGAGGUGUUAGCCCAGGCCAUCCAUAUCGCUGGGGUAGAGUUCAGCAAAAAGACCAAGAAGUGCUGGUGGAUGCUGUGUGAGGAUAUCCUGAAAGUAAAGGAUGCUUCCUCUACAUCGCACCUCAGCCGCCCCCUCCGAACCGCACGGCACCUCCUGAAUACUGCUUAAAGUGUUCCUGAUGAUUUAUUUAAGUUGUAAGUGCUCCGACAGCCUCCAUUUACUGUAUAGACGGCUCGUGCCCCUUUACAACUCUGUUAAUCCCCCUAACGUGUUCCUUAGAGUUCGAGGCUGUAUAUGUCAACUUUAGAUUGUAAAUGUCAUUUUAAAUGGCGUUUUACAUGGCAAACUAGUGUAAUUGCAGGUAAAUGAAUCGAACUCUACAUUUGUGACUGAUUUACGACUGUAGUGCUAUAUUUUAAGUAGCAAAGUAGUGUUUGAACCUCAUGUACCACUAAUUGCCAUUUUAAUUCACAAACAUGUGUACAGUCCUCUACGGUAGACGGUUGGUUCCCCUUUAAAACUCUGUAAAUCCCCCUAAUGUUUUCCUCACAGUCCGAGGCUGCAUAUGUCGAAUUUUGAUU